AUGCCGAAAAGAUUUAAUCUCUUAAUAUUAGCACCAGAUACUGAACUUGGCCAAUCAAUUAUUCGCAUUAUCAACGACCAUUUUCAUUAUUUAAACGUUGCCGUUCCAACAGGACUCUAUAAAGAAGGAACAAUUCUUCCUCCUUACCAAAUUGCAAUGAAUUUUACUAAUUUAUCGCAACUAGCAAAUGACCUAUCGCUAGCAGAUGUAGUUGUUUCAUGUUCACCAAAAUAUUCCACUGAAGAAAUCCAAGAAAUCGCACGCCAACACCAAAUCAAAUUUGUUGACGGUUGCUUUUCAUAUCCACAGGCAGUAAUUGAAGCAGCUUUUAAUCGCCUACCAUUUGUUUCAACAAAAAUGGAAGCAAUUCAGACUGUUAGCGGAUUUAGUUUAAUUGACUUCUGGAUCAUCUCUCAUACAGAAACUCCGCUUCCUGCACCAACAAAUAUUGAUAAUACAUGGUGCAUUGAUCAAGAAUCCGUUCCUUUAGACGGAUUUUCUGUUCGUCACAGAUUAGAGUUCAAGAGAAGGUUUUCUGCUUUACUUUUCUGGAUCUUAUCAUUCAUUUCAAGAUUAAUAUACCCAAUUUUCAAGAAAUCUAAAGCAACAAGAUCAUUAUCAAACUGGACAUUCGUUGGAAAGUGUUUUGAGCAUAACCAAAAAUAUAAAUUCAAAGCCUACGCCGAACGUGUUGAUGCAGAGACUCUACGACCAGAUUUAGCGAUGUUGAAGAUAAUUGAAGGUCUGGGCAUAAACAGAUGCGAUUGUCAUGAGUGGGAGUACUUUUCUAAGAUGAAGGUCAAACUAUUAGAGUAUACUGCCAUACCUAAUAAACAGGCCAAACAAGAUAUUCCAUUUUAA